AUGUCACCAACUGCACCGCAAGGAUCCCUGCCGCCAACCGCACCACCAGCAUCUCUGCCACCAACUGAACCACCCACAUCUCAGCGCAGCAACAAGGAGGGAAGCAAGAAGUCAUCUCGUCAGUCAAAGACUCAGGUUCCCAACCAUGGCUUGGACGAAGACUUUAUGGCUAUCGGGCUCCCCGUAGAUCAAUACAAGCCACGACCCAGUCGCUCGAGAUCUAUGAAGGUCGACUCGGAAGGCCCUAUUGAUUAUUCGAUCCGGCCUGAAAAGGCUAGACGACGAAGGACUGCGGCCGCAGCUGAAGUCCCGACCACUGUAACAAUAACAACACCCGAAAAGGUUCGGCAAAUCUGCGACAUGGGUUUCACGCCUUCAACUACAACUGGAGCUCUAGAGAGAAACAACGGUGACGUCAUGCAGACUAUCGAUUGGCUAGUCAAUAACAACAUCGACCACGAUGAACUGGCGCCACAGAGUCCGCCACGAUCCAAAUCAACGUCUAAGAAAGCUGUCCAAUUGCCAACCAUAGACUCCGAUGCCAUGAAAGACAUAAUGCGCAAUCUGGAUGAAUACCGUAGAGAUGAAGCAGAGGCUGAGCCGACACUCACGGAUAAUAUUGCUGUACGGCAUGAGGCACCGAAUAACGCUACAACAUUGUCUAGAACUGGUCUACGCCCAGACAUAUCCUCAAUCACGAGCCCGACAAAGGUCCAGGUUAUUAUACCUGAGAAGUCGCCCAGACCUGCCACUACCCACCCCGCAGAUGCCACCGUCAUCUCGAGCAUGAGCAAGAAAGCGAAACGCAGAAAAACAACACUGGAUGAGCCUGAAGAAGAACAGAUUACGCCGACCUCUGUUGUGCCCGAGAAAGUUCUCGAAAAGAAGAAAAGAGGCCGCCCCAAGAAAGCUGCAGUCGCUGUUGCGCCGAUAGAGCCAUCCGAGUCUAUCAUUGAGGCAUCGGAGCAGGAUGCGAAUGGAGACAACCAAGAUGGAAUUCUGCAAACAAUCGAGCCCAAUUCGGCUUCAGAGACGGCAAAGCCAAGGUCUAAAAACGCUCUAAAAGAGGCAGAGUUGUUAGCACCAACGGAAUCCGAUAGUCCCGCCAACUCGAAUCCGCCAUCAAAGCUAUCUCCGGCUGCAGCUUCAGCCACCCCAGAACAAUUGACAAAACCUGCGACGGCUUCGCCUAUCCCGAAAGGAAAGGUACCGUAUCGCGUUGGGCUGAGCAAACGCGCGCGUAUUGCACCACUACUGCGGACGUUGAAGAAAUAA